GGGACCGCGUACACGGGAACGGCGGCGGCGGCGACGCUUAUAAGUUUUUCAGUGCCGGACACGAUGGGCUGCAGACAGCUCGGUCGAUGCACCGACUCACACUACACAUUUCGCUGGAGACAUGGUGUUCAAAGCCAGUCGUAUAACAGGUCGAAUACUUGAUACAAUCACACCGUUAUUGCUACUUAUUUGUAUUGCGACUCAAGUCAUCGCAGAAGAAACGAAUUCCUAUCUAACCAGCGUGUCUAAACAGUGCGGUGAACUUUCGAUACUCGACAACGAGGUUGACAACGACAUCAGUACCUCGUCGGCGAUACCGGGUCAGAAGGACGACAACUUUAUCAUUUUUGACAGGGUGCGAACGCAACUGUUAAAGGCAAGAAAGAACUUCCAGGCCAACAAUAGUUAUAUAGCGCUACUCUAUUCGGACGCUAAGAACACCAACAUGAAGUCGGCUUACGACUUUGACUGGUUGCCGUCCGAAAGUAAAGAGUGGAAAAGAAGUUACGUCAGUAAUCUUGACAUGAACAGCAAGGUGUUUAUUAUGCUAUCCGAGUUGAGGGAUUCGUUACACAACUACUCUGUAACGUUAAACCAAAUGCGACAAUUCAGCGAAACCCACGUCUCGUUUAACUAUACAGCGAGAAGACUAGUAAUAGACGAUUUGUGCAAAGACCUGAUCGCCGUAUUAUGCGAGGUGGAGGCCGCUCUAGUGAAUAUCAGGCCGUGGCGCCAUCGGAUCGUCUUGAAAAACCCCCCGGAAGUGACCUUCAGCGGUUCGAAAUGGAACCACCAUCCUGAUCUCACGAGCAUGCAGAUCCAAGACUGGGGUGUGUUGAUCAAAUACUACAAGCUCCUAAAAGAAUGGGAAGAUAUCAGCAAUAAAAUCAAGGAGACGUUGUCGCCCGUGAAAAUUGAACACCGCCAGCGACGUAGGUCGUCUUCCUAUCUUACCACAACCGAGAAACCAACACUGGGUUCGACAAGACCUGAGCCGUGCCUAAGGCAUAGCACCCGUGGUACCAAGCACAGAAGACGGCGGCGCAGGCCCCACACUACGGUCAUGUAAAUUGACAAGCCCCUCUCUCCCGAAAAUCCUCUUUUCUCCCACGAAUUCCCAUUCCAGUCAAUUUGUAACUUUAUAUAUAUAAUUAAUAUAUACGGUACAUCCCGCGAACGUCGCGGGUUGAUGAAAUAUUAUGCGUACGUAUCGUACAUUGUACAUUAUUAUUAUUGUUGUUUAAGAAUAUGUAUUGUACAUAUUAGUUUUUAUAUUAUUAUUAUUAUUAUUAUUAUUUAUGUUGUGUCGAUAGAAACGCACAUUCUAUUGUUAUAAUUGUCUGCUAUUAAUUAAUUUUAAAAAAGAAAAAAGUUAAUUUAUGAUUAUUGUUCAGAAAUUCCU